AAUGGCGGUUGGAAAACCAAGUUAAGGUGCAUUACCGCCACCUACUGGACUGGAGUGUGGGCAGCAGAUUGUAUUUUGGGAUCCUACUACGUCACUGUCGUCAUCAAUGAGCGCCCAAAACGAUGACGAUUAAGAAGCGCGACAAACACUUGCCGUAACGAAGCACGCCGCGAUGGAGCUGGAUAUUGGUAGUUCAGUUUUGAGAGAGUUCGGCAGCGAACAGAGUUUAUUAUCCAAACCUGACGGUUCAGCCACGUUUAUGCAAGGAGACACCAGUGUGCUGGUAGGAGUGUACGGACCAGCUGAGGUUAAAGUGAACAAGGAGAUCUAUGAUCGAGCAACUUUGGAAGUUCUGAUCCAGCCCAAAUCCGGCAUGCCCAGUGUGCGGGAGCGCACGAGAGAGCAGUGUGUGCGGGAGACGUGUGAGGCCGCUCUGCUGUCCACUCUCCAUCCACGCUCAUCCCUCACGCUCGUCAUGCAAGUGGUUCACGAUGACGGAUCGUUGUUAGCGUGCUGUCUGAACGCCGCAUGCACGGCGCUGAUGGAUGCCGGGCUGCCCAUGAGCCGCCUGUUCUGCGGAGUCACGUGUGCCAUCGACGCCGAGAGCCAAAUCAUCACAGACCCCACGGCUCAGCAGGAGAAGGAAAGCCGAGCACUAAUGACUUUCGCAAUCGACAGCAAAGAGCACAAUGUCAUGAUGUCAUCGACAAAAGGUUCUUUCUCGGUGAAAGAGAUGCAGCAGUGUAUCGCGGUCAGUCAGAAGGCAUCUGAGCGGAUCUUCCAGUUUUACAGGGAUUCUGUGAAGCGACGAUACUCCAAAAUAUUAUGAAAUCAUUCUUUCCCUUGUAUUUUUCUGAUUGUUUUUAUUAUUAUUUUUUAAAAAUAUAUAUUAAAUGUACUUCUUAAAUGUACAGUUCAA